CUGAAAUAUAACUCUACAGUCGCGUGCCCCUUCUCUCAACUUCAUCAGAGAUCUGGGAUCUCCCUUCAUCGCAGAAUGGCAUCUUUCCACAUCCCUGUUAGGUUACCUCGCUAUGCUCUCUACGCUUUGGUCCUUGGGCUCGUCUCGUGUGUUUGUGCGGAGAAGUGGGCUGGACCUGAUGUCGGCUCACUGACUCCAGAGCAGAUUGAGGAGAACCUCCAGCAAUGUUCAUUUGUGAAGCAAUUGUCAGAGCACAAAGCCAGCAGCGUUCCCGCUUCCACCUCCUUGACGACCCGAUUGUUCGAGGUACUCUUCCCAUCAUCGUCCCCGGCGAUAAAUGCUCUCCUAGCAACCGCGUACAUUUCAGGGCCACCCAACUUCCUCCUAGCCUUAUGCCCGCCGAAUAUCGACCCUUCGUCGCUGAGCAUCAUGGUGGCAUUUGCCGUGGGCGGGCUGUUGGGCGAUACUCUCUUUCAUCUCUUACCAGAAAUCUUCUUGGGGGAAGAUGAGCAUGACAAGGUCAAAUUCGUCCUGAUCGAGCCUAACAGAAAUCUACUACUGGGUGUGGGAAUUAUUGUUGGGCUUGUAACGUUCAUGGGGAUGGACAAGGCUCUAAGAAUAGCAACGGGAGGUGGCGGUCACUCUCACGAUCACGGUCCAGCCCUUGUUGACCAUGCACACGCAGUCAAUGGCUCUGCCUCUGGCGUCCCUGAGAAGGAGACCAGUGGUGAGUUGCGUAAACGGAAGGGCGGAAAAAAGGAGAAAGAGGUGGUGGCGGAGCCGGCCCCCAUCAGUCCGUCAGUCAAGCUGGCAGGUGUGCUCAAUCUGAUCGCAGACUUUACGCACAAUAUCACCGACGGCCUGGCGCUGUCCACGUCAUUCUAUGCAUCCCCCGCCUUAGGGGCAACGACCACCAUGGCCGUCUUCUUCCACGAGAUUCCACAUGAGGUAGGGGACUUUGCUCUCCUCAUCCAGUCCGGCUUCUCAAAGCGCAAGGCCAUGGGGGCGCAAUUUCUGACCGCCGUGGGCGCCUUCCUCGGAACUUUGAUCGGUAUCUUUGUUCAAGAGUAUGGGAGCGGUGCUGGCGAGGAUGCCGGACCGGCAGAGGGAAUCUGGGGGACUAGUCUCCAGUGGGGAGAUAUGCUCCUCCCCUUCACGGCCGGCACUUUCCUCUACGUUGGAACCGUGGCAGUGAUCCCGGAACUGCUCGAGACAGGACCCAAUAAGAAGGAAGAGUUGAAAAAGACAGUCCUGCAAUUCACUGCAAUGGCUGUCGGAGCAGGAAUCAUGUUGGGCAUCUCGUGGUCCUGAAAUGGCAGUACUGUGGAAAAAUGUAACAACCGCGAACAUAGACUCUUUUAAAAUCGUUUAAGCUCGACUUGUUCAGCAAUAUGAGUUUACAGGGAUAUGGAUAUUGCCAAGCACCUAUCUAGGUAUAUGCAAUUAGACUUCGUU